CUUUGGAAUUGUGCUUCUUCAGCUGCUUAGUGGCAAGUCACCCCAUGUCGACCCAAAAACACAUAUAAGAAAAUGGGCUAUGAAGCUGGUGGAGGCGUAUGAGGUGGAUGAGCUGAGGGACAGCAAGAUGCCGGCGGCAAGCGAGGAGGCCAUAGUGGACUUUGCAGACCUGGCUCUGGACUGCAUCAAGUCUCCCGGCACACGGAGACCCACCAUGAAGGAUGUGGCGUACCGCCUCAGUGCCCUCAUUGCCAAGCACUGCCCCGACAGGGAGGACGAGUGGGAAAGCGCCGUGAGAGAAGAGAGUGAAGGCAACGAGGGUAUGUCUUCAAGGGAUGUUUCUUCUACAUCGUUUGAAGACAGUGGGAGGGAGUCUGGGAGGGCACGGGUGGAGCUGGAGGGGGCGGUGGAGGUGGAGGUGGAGGCGGCGGGGGGAGUGGGGGUGGCAGCGGGAGCAGUGCUGGUGGUGGUGGUGGUGGCAGCAGCGGCGGAGACGGUGGUGGUGGUGGCAGCGGCGGUGGGGGUGGCAGCGGCGGAGGUGGAGGCGGCGGAGGUGGAGGCGGUGGAGGCGGUGGAGGCGGCGGCGGAGGAGCAGGAGGUGGUGCAGGGAGCGGAGCUGGUCGGGGUGGUACCCAGCAGCGCGGCGGCGGUGGUGGUAGCUGCGUCAGGCCAGGUGCUUGCUGCUGCGUCCCGGACCUUCCUGUAG